GAGACAUCAGACUUACCCGGGAAUAAUACUUGCGGGUAAAGAUUCAAUCUUAAGGAGUUAUCAACUAUGCUCCAUUUGUUCUUCUUAAAUGUAUUAGAUAUUGAUGAUGUGCAGGUGCCUCCGUGGUGGAUUGCCAAUGAUUAUCCGUGUUGGGAAAUGAUAGUGGACCGGUGGUGCUCGCAAGAGUGGGUGGAGAUGCACGAGGCUGCCCGACAGCGGCGUUUGCUGAUGCCAGGUGCAUCGCACCAUCAGGGCAACCGUAACCUCAAGGCGUACGCGGCUAGAUAUUCGGCGUCACAUGGUGGUGUGCCUUGCUCCCAAGUCCAGGCAUACUGUUUGGCCCACAAAGGAAAGGCGAUGUCCAAUGUCACCUUCAACCCGCAGGAUCCGCCCGAAGUGUACAGCAAUGCAAGCGUCCACAGCCACCUCAGUGGGUACACCUCGAUGGCACAAGAAGUUCAUGGGCCAGAGUUUGAGGCGAUCAAUGAGCCCAUUGAUGGAGAAGUCGUCAUGAGGGCGGGAGGAGGCAAGAAGCAUGGACGGUACUGGUUUGGCGAUAGCUUAGUCGACACGGCGACUACUCCCACUCUCUCGCAGAUUCGAGCCAGGAGUACCAGCUCAAGCCCUGCCAUACGCCCAUGGCUAGACACUACACAGACUCAGAUUGAGGCUGUCAAGGUUAUUUUUGUUUCAUCUGUCGUUUCUCCGUUUUUACAUAUGUUCGCUUUGAAUUCUAACCCUGGGAUCAAAUCCUUUAGGCCCAGAUGGAAGCAGCCUUCCAAGUACGGUAGGAGGCGGCAGAGGAGAGGUGGAGGGCCGAGCGGGACGACAUCCAGCAAAAAUUGGAUCAAGCUCUAACAUUUAUGCAAAGCCUGGGCUCGGCGAUGGGUGUUUCGCCUCCACAAUUCCCUCCGGCCCCACUUGUUCGUCGUGCAGAAACUCCUCCUACCAUAAGUGGUUUUGACUCCUAUCGAGUUUCGGAAUGUCUUAGUGACUUAGCAUUAACCUAGAUUUACUUAAAAAUAAUAUCUUAUGAUACAUCUACAAUGACUUAGAACUUAGGCUAAUGCUUGUAGUUUCAUUCUUAUGUAACUCAAUAUAUAUUCGCUUAUGUGCAGAAU